CUCUCUCUCUCUCUCUCUAGGUGGGAACUGUGUGUGUAGCACUGCGCUUCUUUGCCUUCGCUUCAGCAGCAUCUGCGGAGCGGCGGCUGCUACUAGGCUCCUCCUCCAGGGGGGAAGGGCACCGGCGACGGCGGCCGGCGAGGAGCUGGACCCUCGAGCCCGGAUGCCACCUCCCGAGAGCUACAGCUAGAACAAGAUAACACCAAAGACUUUAGAAUGGCAUUACAAGCUGAUCAAUAUAAAGGGAACAAACUUGCAUACACCCUUGUUCCUUCUCACAGCAACAUUUAGGAGCAUGUUAUCGCAAAACCAGGGGUUCGAUUCUCCAUCUUACGGGAAGCAGGGAAUCUAAGUUUUUCUGCAACUCGAAAGACUAGCUUCUGCAUGGAUGUUGAAGUUGUUCAUCCCAAUUAGCACUAAUGUCUGCCUAUGGCAAUGGAUCCACCUACAACUGAUGCUGGUGAUGAACUGGGGAGCUACUCGUCCUUGGGUUUGAUAGUAUCAUACUCACAGAAAGACAAUGCUAAAUUUCCAAAGGUUCUUUUGCUUCUGUCAGCAUAUCUUGACAAGAUAGUUAAGGAGAAUGAAGUGUUACUUGAUUCCAGUAAAAUAAAGGAGUCAACCACUAUCUUUCAUGGUCAGAGGGUGCCAGAACUUAGCAUAAAGCUCUAUGCAGAACGUAUCUUCAAGUAUGCACAGUGCAGCCCAUCUUGCUUUGUGCUGGGACUCAUCUACAUGGAGAGAUAUCUACAGCAACCAAACAUUUACAUGACGUCAUUUAGUGUUCAUCGCUUGCUGAUUACAAGUGUUGUUGUUGCUGCCAAAUUCAUAGAUGAUUCGUUUUUCAACAAUGCAUACUAUGGAAGAGUUGGAGGAAUUAGCACAAGAGAGAUGAACAAGCUUGAACUGGAUUUGUUGUUCAGUCUGGACUUCAGGCUCAGAGUCAAUUUAGAGACUUUCAGAAGCUACUGCUUGCAGUUGGAGAAAGAAGCGCUAGCUCUUGUUCUAGAAAGACCGAUCCAAAUCCAAGCCACCAACGGGACUAAAUCCCUGAUUUGUAACAGCAGUGUUGAUGAAACUUGCAAGCAUGAGCUCGUGUGUCAAAGGUACAGCAGUCAGGCUCUCCAAGGAUGUAGCUGGUAAAUCAGGUUUACAACAGACAGUUUUGAAAAAGUGUGAGGGUCUGAGGACUGAUAAUUCUUUUAUUUGACAAUGUGCACUCAGAUGGCUUCAAAUCAUCUUCUUUUUAGUUAGUGAGGCAGUUGUUUUACUUUUCUACAACACUGUAAUUCUUGAGCCACGUUGAAAACGUCAUUCCUGAAGUCUGGAAGCGUUUCAGUCUGGUCACGCUAUCCAAAUCCAAUCCUGCAGAUUAUUUGGAAAUUAUCA